AUGGAUCUUAGUGGCAUUCCACCACCAGUAAUGAACUGGCAGAGCUCAAAUUUAAUUGAACAGUGGCAAAAAUUUAAAUUGAACGUGGAACUUAUAUUUUCUGGACCACUUAAAUCUAAAUCAGAGGAAGAAAAAGUUUCAUACUUAUUGCUAUGGAUUGGUGACGAAGGCAGAGAAGUGUACCGAACAUGGGACCUUAGUGCAGAAGACGCCAAGAAGCUAAACACAUAUUAUGUAAAGUAUAAAGAUCAUGUGCAACCAAAACUUAAUCCGAUAUUUGCAAGAUAUCAGUUUAUGAACGAGAUUCAAGGAAGUGACUCAAUUGACGCUUUCGUGACGAGGCUAAGAAACAAAGCCACAGAUUGUCAAUUCACAGACAAAAAUGAAAACAUCCGAGACAGAAUUGUAUUUGGAUGUAAUAGUUCCAAAGUACGUGAAAAACUAAUAAAUGAAGGCGAAAAAUUAACAUUAGACAAGGCAAUACAAAUUGCACAAAAUUACGAAUAUUGCCAAAAACAGAUGGCAACCAUGGGGGCAGCCGCGCAACAACCAAUUGACGCUGUUAAGACGCAAAGGCAUAAUAGAAGAAAACAAUCAGCAAAUGGACCCACUAAGACGGGAAGGAUGCAAGGACAUGGAUCACAAAAUGUUUGUGGACGUUGUGGCACGCGACAUGACCAGAGAACAAACUGUCCGGCAAAAGGGGCUACAUGCUAUAAGUGUAACAAACUGAAUCACUUUUCAAAGCAGUGCAAAUCACAGAAAAACGCUAUAAGUGUCAAUCAAAUAGGGGACAAUAGUGACAUUGAAGAAAACUUGUGCAAUGCAGUUGAUGGAUACUCAAUUAAUACGGUGAGUACUAGCUUACAUUCUCCAGACUGUGUUAGAACCGAAAUUUGUCUUGGCCCAAACAAAUGCCCAAUAUCAUUUAAAAUUGACACUGGCAGUGCUGCAAACAUUCUGCCCAAGCAAAAAUUUCAAAAACUGAAUUUGAGUACCCCACUUGAGGCCCCUGAUUGCAAAUUAACCUCAUAUACAGGUGAAGCACUUUCAAUCUUGGGAACAGUCAUGUUGACUUGUUAUUUAGGAAAUCAGUCAAUGAUUGCAAAGUUUUAUGUGGUAGAUAGAAAUGCAUCCCCUCUCUUAGGCUUGCAAACUUCAUCAAACCUUGGCCUGAUUAAGCUCACAUUUUCUGUGGAACACUCCCUCCCUGACAAGAGUAAAACAUUUCUGACCAGAGAAAUAGCCAUGAAAGAAUACAGUGACCUGUUUUCUGGUAUUGGAACUAUUGAUGGUCAGUGCAGUUUGCAUUUAAAGAAAAUAUGCAGUACCAACUAUUAA